CUGAGCUCUGCGCGACACACUCGUUGCAAUGCUGCCGAUGCCGAUCGCUACCCGCUCGGUACCCAUUAGAUAACAAAACCAUCGCACGAUUCGCAGUGUUUGCGCGCGCGCUGACGCAUUUAAGCCCAUCAUCAUCAUCAUUAUCCUGUAACUCGUUCAAGGCUGAUAUGCUGCUUGUUGGAUAUAUACGUUAUACAACUGAUCGGCGCUAAUUGCUCUCAAGUUGCAGGCGCAGGUAAAACGUUGCGAUACUCGUGGUGGCCGAGAGGAGAUAGUAUAGUAAAAAUGCAGGAGAGGGGACAACAACAGUUGCAAGCCAAGGAGCAGCUCGAGCCCGCGGAGCUGGUGGGCCUGGUGGCGCGGUCCGUCGAGGGCACGGCUGCCAAGGGCAUGCCGAUCAAGGGCCACGAGGACCUGUGGGUCGAGAUACAAGCCAACACGUUUCGCAACUGGGUGAACGAGCACCUCAAGCAGAGCGAGCGCGGCAAUCGGUGCGGACCGGUCCUCGAUCUCGCCGAUGACUUUAGGGACGGCACGCGGCUGUGCGCCCUCGUCGAACAACUCACCGGCAAACCACUCGCCAAGUGGAACCCCGCACCGGUCAAUCAGCACCACCACCUCGAGAACGUGUCCACGGCACUUAAGGCCGUAGAGGCCGACGGUGUCAAGCUCGUCAAUAUCGGUAACGUCGACAUCGUCAAUGGCAAUCUCAAGCUGAUACUGGGUCUCAUCUGGUCGCUGAUAGUCAGGUACCAGAUCGGCAAAUCUAAAUUCCCCCCGAGAAAACUGAUGCUCUCCUGGUUAAAGGGUGUCCUGCCGGAAUGCAGGGUCAACAACUUCACCACCGACUGGAACUCGGGCGUUUACCUGAGCGCGCUGUUGAACUACUGCAAACCGGGGCUCUUCCCCCACUGGCGGCAACUCGAUCCCACGGACAAGGUGUACAAUUGCCGGAAGGCCAUGGAAAUAGCGAAGCGAGAGUUCGACAUACCGAUGGUCCUCCAGCCUGAGUACCUGGCCUCGACCUACCUGGACGAGCUCUCCGGCAUGACUUACCUGUCGUACUUCCUGAAGGAGGGCUCGCCGGGCUUCCACGCGACCCUCCGCUGGGUCAACUCUCAGCUUCCCUACAGUUCCAUCCAAAAUUUCACGACCGACUGGAACGAUGGAACGGCGUUGUGCGGCAUAGUCCGGAACUUGGGCGGUCCUGCGCCCCCCUACGACAAAAUCGACCGGAGCCCCGGGUCGUGGGAGCGAAAUUUGCAGCAGGGCAUCGACGGCGGCAGAAAACUGGGAGUGGAGCCGCUGCUCAAGGCCAAAGACAUGGCAGACCAGAACGUCGAGCACCUCGGCCUCAUGGCUUACGUCGCCUUUUUCCAGUGGGUCAAGCCACGGCCGCAGCUCAACGAACAGGCCGUCGUCCACAUCGACAGCACCUCGGCCAGGGUCCACCAGCCGGCCCACUUCAAAUUGGAGCUCAUAUCGAAGGAUGUGAUUACGAGGCAGAUACGCGGCGAGGUGACGAGUUCGAGCGGCCGGUCCGAGUGCCGGCUCACGUGGAACGGCCUCCACGGAAAGGGCACCUUUGUCCCCGCGGAAGUCGGAAUGCACAGACUGAUGGUGUACAACGACGGCGAGGCCCUACUCGGCUGCCCGUACUACUUCCGGGUCCACCCUCCCCUCACCAAAAUAAAAGCGACCGGCAUGGACCCCUGCGCCAUCGGAUCGGUCGUCGAAGUUCUAGUCAAUAGUUACGGCACUAGUCACGAGGGCGUGAGCGUGUCGGCGUGGUCGCCCACGGGACGCGAGCUCAACUGCCCGGUACGGGAGAACGACGGGGUGCACACGGCCACGUUCGAGCCGGACGAGACCGGCGAGUGGAGCAUAGCCAUAAUGCACAAGGGCGCCCACAUACAAGGUGGGCCCUUCAACUGCUUCGUCUUCGACCCGCACGGCAUCCAACUGUCGAGCCUCGAGGGCGCAAGGCCCGGCCAGCCGUUCAACUUUACGGUCGACGCCAGCGCCACCGGGGGCCUCGGCAACGUCGUCCUCGACAUCGUCCACGACAAGCAAUCGGUCGCCCACAUAGUCCGGGAGUACGAGCGCAUGAGUUACCGCGUAUCCUUCGUUCCCCGGGAGGUCGGCAAGUACCGGGUGUACGUCUACUUCAACGGCACGGACGUCCGGGGCUCGCCGUUCAUCAUCAGGGUCGGCACGCUCCAGCAGAGAAACGCCUCCAGGCGCUCCUCGGUCCUCUCCAAGACGGCCUCGCUCGACCGCAGGUCCAACAACAACGGCUACGCCACCACCACCAACACGGAGCUGUACGAGAGCAACAGGUCGUCCAGUAGCUUGAGGGGCUCCCCGGCACCUCCGUCCCCGAGGAUCCAGCAGCGACCCCUGGCCAGGCGCUCGACCGACAGCCCGACCUCCUUCGCCGACGAGAACAAGGACAACAAGUCGAGCCUGUUUGGCCAGUCGUUCAAGUCGUCCGCGCACGGCUGGAGGCCGUCUCCGUCGGCGUCGCCCAGCGGCAGCCAGAGCAACCUCGACGGGCCCUUGUACAACGCGGCGAGGCAGUACGCCAAGAGCAACCUCGUCACCAAUACGAGCUCGGCGUCGUCGAGUUCCUUGUUCGCCAAAAAGAGCAAGGAGCUCGACUACGGCUUUCAGAGCAGCGCCGACAAGAACGGCAUCGUCGACACGAGCAGCAACGUCAAGGUGUCGUCGUCGGUGAAGGGCUCGCUGAGGCGCGACAUGUGGGACGCGAUAUCCAAGACCAAGUCGUUGCUGUCGUACGGCAGCCUCGAGUCUCUGGCCAAUCUGACGCACCACGCCUCGUUGGCGGACGAGCCGGGUAAGAGCAACGGCGUGAACGGCGGCUCCUCGUUCGGCAGCUCCGAGAUCGCGCCCAAGGUGAUUGUCGCCGACACGGACACGCGGGGCAUACUGAAGAACAAUAAGCCGAUCGGUAAUGGUCACUCCGCGAAAUUGGACACGAUCGUCUCGUCGACGACUACGACGGAUGCCGUGGAGAAGCACUCGUCGUACCUGAGCGAGUCCUCGGUUUUGAAGACCAGCGGUGCCGAGAGUCUUGCGACCGGCAACGCGCUCCGGAUGCUCGGCGUGCACCGGCCCACCUGCUUCACCCUGGACUCGAGCUUGGACGCCAGCAAAAUCGCCGUCAUCGUCACUGGUCCGAACGGUAGACCGGUGCCGGUGCAAAAAUCGGCCUUGAGGGGCCAGACCUACACAGUCAUUGCCGAUCAAGUGGGUGAGCACACCAUACAAAUCCUGUACAGUGGCCAACACAUCAAGGGAUCGCCGUUUAGGCCCCAGGCGUACGAUUCCAAGGCCAUACAGGUGGGAAACAUACCGGACGGUGUAGUGAACGAGCCGGUCGAGUUUGAAAUCGAUGGUACCAGAGCUGGCUCUGGGAACCUGGAGAUUUUGGUGAACGGCGGCCACGUGACGAGCUUCGUUCGAACGCUGGGCAGCCAAAAGUUCCUGGCUUCCUUCGUCCCCCACGAGGCUGUCACGCACCUGGUCGAGAUGACCUUCAACGGCGAAACCGUUCCCGGAUCACCUUGGAAAGUCGGCAUAAUGCCGAGUCCAAAGAUGUCGGUGGUCGGGGACUCGGUGAGGCUCGUACCGGCUGGCAGCCCCGCCGUGUUCGAACUAUCGGCGCUCGGCUUCAACAGCACCGAGAUCCAAGUGCAGAUACUCACUCCGUCGAAGCGUCAGAUUGGGGCGCGUAUCGACGAGGAGCCCAACCGCAAGGGCGAGUUCCGGGUGACAUUCACGCCCCAAGAGGUGGGUAGUCACUUUAUCGAGGUUAGCAUAGCCGGGCAAAAACUACCGGCCGGGCCCCUAGUCGCCAAAGUCUACAACAGCGGGCUCAUCCAGGUGACGGAGGUCCCUAGCGCCGUGGUCGGCCACGCCUGUCAGUUUCGGGUUGACGCGAGUGCCGCCGGCGAGGGUCAACUCGAGAUAUCGAUAAACAACGGCGAGGUGCCGAACCACGUGCAAGUGGUGGGUGGUGGCCGUUGCCUAGUGUCGUUCACCCCGGAGGCGGCCAAGCCCCACUACAUAGACAUCAAAUUCAACGGGGAACCGGUGCCCGGCUGUCCCUUCGUCUGCCUGGUCUCGGACACGAGCCGGGUCAGCCUCAGCCUCGGCCACCUCGAGCUCCUGGCCGUCGGCGAGCCCGCCACCUUUCGCCUGAGCGUCGACGGCUCCGGUAGCGCCGAGCUCGCCGUCUCGGUCCGCGGACCCGGGGCCACCGAGCUCCCCGUCAAGGUGACGGGUGACGUGUACGCGGGCUUCAGCGCCGAGUUCACUCCCGUUGAGGUGGGGGGCCACGUGGUGACUGUCGAGUACAACGGUCACGCGGUCAACGGCACGCCCUUCCUGGCCAAGGCGUUCGACGCGUCGCGGGUGGUUAUAGGGCCGAUGGGCCGGGCGAGCGUCGGCCGAGCCCAGCACUUUAGCGUCGACGCGUCCCAAGCGGGUGAGGGUAACCUCGAGAUCACGAUAUCCGCCCGGGGUCAGAACAUACCGACCCAAGUGACGCCCCAGGGCAACGCUCGCUUCUCCGUGGGCUUCGUGCCGUUCGAGGCGUGCGAGCACUUGGUCAACAUUGCCUUCAACAAGCGCACGGUCCCCGGCUGUCCGAUAGUGGCGCGCGUCGAGCCCGACGCCCACGUCACCGUCAGCGGACAAGCCCUCAAUAGCGCCCCACUCGGGAGACAGAGCUCACUCACGAUCGGCAACGUACCUGGUAAUUUGGACGACCUGGAGGUUAACGUCGAAGGACCCAACGGACAGGCCGUGGCCGCUCAAGUGACCGAUAAUAAAGACUCGACGUGCACGGUAGCUUUCACGCCGCGUAUCGUCGGCGAGCACCGUAUCGCGGUUAGCCAUCGGAGCCUGCCCGUCCUCGGCAGUCCCUUCAGCUGCAAGGUCUACGAUGUGGCCGCCAUCAAGGUCAAGGACGCCAAACGGGGCGUCAUCGGGCUGCCCGUCACUUUUCUCGUGGAGACGAGCCAAGCCGGUCCGGGUAAUCUCGAAGUGACGGUCAACGGCGGACGGGUGCCGACUUCGGCGCAAGCUCAGGGGCCCCACACCUACGCCAUUUCUUUCACGCCGCGCGAGCCCAUCAGCCACACGGUCGAUCUUCGCUUCAACGGGGAAGACGUGCCCGGGAGCCCCUUCACUUGCCAGGUGAGCGACGCAGCCAAGGUCAUAGUGACCGAAGCUCUCGAAAAGGUGCCGGUCAACAAGCUCGCGAGCUUCGUCGUCGAAGCCGAGGCGGCGCCAACCGUCGAUGUCCUCGCGCCGACCCGCGAGAGCCUGCCCGUCGACAUUAACCAGACCACGGCUGGCGUCUACACCGUCAACUUCACCCCCAAAGAUGUCGGCGACCACAGCGUUCAAGUGAAGCUGAACGGCAGCCACGUACAGGGCAGUCCGUUCCUCGUCAAAGCUUACAACGCCGACCAGGUCAAGGUAACCGACAUCAACAGCGGAACAGUCGGCAAACCCGUCUUCUUCAGCAUAAACGCCAGUCAAGCCGGAGCCGGCAACCUCGAGAUAAUCGUCUCGGUGAACGGGAAAAACGUCCCGAACUUUGUGCAGAGCGAGGGCAACGCCAAGUUUCGCGUGAACUUCAAGCCCCAGGAGGCGGCGACGCACAGCCUGAGCGUGCGCUUCAACGGCGAGCCGGUCCCGGGCUCGCCCUUCACCUGCCAAGUCCACGGCACCGGCCAAGCCCUCCUCACCGGCCACAAUCUCAAAAUGGCCCCAGUCCGACAACCCAUCAGCUUCACCCUCGACCCCCAAGCCCCGUCCACCAAGUGCGACGUCAUCGUCACGCCCCCGGCCAACAUCGCUCUACCCAUCACCGUCGAGCCCAUCGACCAAAAGUACAAGAUCACCUUCACACCCGCCGAGGUCGGCCGGCACAACGUCACCGUCCUCGUCGACUCGGAACCCAUCAAGGGCUCCCCCUUCGCCUGCAACGUUUACGACGUCACCAAGAUACACGUGUCAGGCCUGAGCGAGGCGCUGCUGGGCCAAGCGACGACCUUCACGGUUGACGCGGCCCAAGCGGGCGAGGGGACCCUCGAGUUGGUCGUCAGCACGGAGAACAACACCGUCAAGGCGGAGGUCGUGGCUUGCGCGCGCGGCCUCUACGACGUGACCUUCGUGCCCCAGACCUCGAGCACCCACUACGUCAACAUCAGUUUCAACGACGACAACGUACCUGGUAGUCCGUUCAAGUGUCCCGUGGUGGGUAGCAUCCUGGAGGGCCCGUCGGUCAUUAGGAUGGGAAACACGGCCUACCUGGACUUGGACGCGGCCGGCAUAACCGGUCCCAUAACUGCCGAAGUGACAGGUCCCGAUGGCACGGUCAUCCCGUGCAACCUGACCAAGCUGGAUUCCAACGCGCACCGCAUCGAGGUGCGAGCCAAGCACGUCGGCACGUACAGCGUCGUCUUUAGCCAGGGUUCCAAGGUCAUAAGCUCCCAGAGCCUCCAGGCGUUCGACCCCACCAAGGUCGUCAUCCAGGAGAUAUCGGACGUGGUCUGCCAUCGGCCGGGCACCGUCACCGUACUAGUGCCAAAGGAGGCCGGGCCGGGCAAGCUCGCGGCUUACGUGCGCUCGGGGGGCGCGGACGUGGACAGUCUCAUCCGGGAGGAGCUCGACGGGGUCUACGAGGUCAUAUUCCACCCGACGCGGGCGGCGCCCCACCGGGUCCACAUCAAGUACAACGACGUGCACAUACCAGAGAGCCCGAUCGAGGUGGCCGUGCGGGGUCCAGCGGGCGGCAGGGAGGUCACGGCGACGGGCCUGGGCCUCUACCAGUCGUGCGUCGGCAAGGUGACGUCGUUCUCGAUCGAGACGCUGGGCAGGCCGGGCAAGGAGUUUGACGUCGUCAUCAGCAGUCCCCAGGGCAACGCCGUGCCCGUGCGCUGCUACCAACACCGGGACGGGACGCUGCUCGCCGAGUUCACGACCAGCUCGAUCGGCACCUACAAGAUCGACGUGCUGCACGGGUCCAAGUCCGUGCUGGGCUCGCCGUUCUUCUGCCACGCGUUCGACCCAUCGAAAAUCAAGCUGCAGGAGCUGGGUCCCCCAACGAUCUCCGUCCACGACCACUUUGCCCUAAAAAUCGUGAAGGUGGACGCGGGCGUGGCGGAGUUGGACGUGACGGCGACGAGUCCCCUCGGCCAGGAGGUGAGCCUCGAGUCGCGCAGCCUCGGCGAGGACGCGGACAUGGUCGAGUUUUCCCCGUCGGUGGCUGGCUCGUACUCGAUAAGCGUGACGUACGGUGGGGUCCCGGUGCCGGGUAGUCCGUUGUGCUGCGUGGCCGAGGCCACGGGCCAGGCGCGUUGCUCCGGCCAGGGUCUCCUGCUCGGACACGUGGGCAAACCGGCCCACUUCCUCGUUACGGGCAGCCGACCAGCCCCGGCCGUCCAGGUCGACGGACCCGACAGCGUGGCCAAGCCCUGCGUCGAGGCCGGUCCCACUCCCGGCACCUGGAGCGUCACCUACGUACCCACCGAGCCCGGGGUCUUUGACGUCAGGGUCGUCUGCGCCGGCCAACAACUCCCCGGCUCACCCUGGCACCCCAACAUCGUCGACACGCGCAAUCUACGGGUCAUCGGUGGCUGGCCGGCCCUCUGCGACGAGCUCGGACGGCUGAAGCUCGCCCCGGGCAACAAGGUUCACUUUGACGUGUCGGAGGCGGGACCUGGGGAGCUGACCGGGAGCAUCGACGAGCAAGCUCUCAGCUUUGAAACUACCUCCAACGGCCGGCUGAAGCUCCUCGUGCCCCAGGUGGCCCCGGGCGAGCACGCCAUUGACAUACUGUUCAACGGGAUGCCCUUCCCCGGGGCCCCGAAGCUCGCCGUCGCCCCCGAGGCUCAGGCUUCGCUGGCACAGGACUCGAGCCGAGUCGUUCUGCGGGGCAAGGGACUGACGGCGGCCAAGUGCGGGGAGCAGGUGAGCUUCACGAUUGACGGAUCACAGGCUGGAGCCGGGACCCCGCAAGUCCAGAUAUUCUCACCUACGAGGGAGGUAGACGUGGUCCUGCAGCACUUGGGUAACAGCGUGUACAGGGCGAGCUACACCCCGUUCACCUCGGAUCCGCUGCUGAUGACGGUCUCGUGGAACGGACGCCAGCUGAAGGGCUGCCCGCUGCAGAUAAGCGUCUCGAACGCGGCUGACUCGUCGCGGGUCGUUUGCUCGGGCCAGGGGCUCAAGUACGGCGUGGUCGGCCAGGAAAUCAAGAGCUUCAUAGACACCAGACGAGCGGGCCCGGGAGAACUGACGGCCCACUGCGUCGGUCCGCACAAGGUGGCCUACUGCGAGCUCUACGAUCACGGGGACGCGACCUUUACGCUGAACGUCAAGCCUCAAGAGGCCGGCAGGCACGCCUUGACGAUCAAGUACGCCGGGGAGCACGUGUCCGGCUCGCCGUUCACCCUCAAAGUGUCGGGGGCGCCCGACGCCUCAAAGGUGCGGGUUUACGGUCCCGGGAUCGAGCACGGGGUGCUGGCGACCUUCCAGUCGCGGUUCAUUUGCGACACGCGGGGCGCCGGGGCGGGCCAGUUGACGGUGAGGGUGCGCGGGCCCAAAGGGGCCUUCAGGGUCGAGAUGCAGCGCGAGACGCAAAAGGACAGGAUCAUACUGUGCCGGUACGACCCGACCGAGCCCGGCGACUAUCGCGUCGAGGUCAGGUGGGCCGGGGUCCUCGUGCCCGGCUCGCCCUUCCCCGUGAAAAUCGUCGACACCCAGGACGAGCUGCUCAUGCUCACGCACCAGGUGACUCGGACGCGGUUCCAUUAUAACAAUCACAACGGCAUCGACACGUGCACGACGGCUAACCACCACACGCUCACCUCGUGGAGAGGAUCGCAAGCGAUUCUGUAAUACCUAUUAUUACGUUUAUCACGAUGAUUACAUUAUUAUUUAUUAAUAGGAUCGAAGCAAAAGAGAGGACGAAAAAUUUUUGAUGGUACAUAUACAUAUAUAUUUUUUAUGUGUAUACACGCAUUAGGUUUACGUAUAGAAAUGCAAAUAUAUAUACAUAUAUAUAUAUAUAUUUUAUUACCCAUAUUUUUAUGUGAAUAAACGUGUUUUGAUGAACGA